AUGAUAACACUAAAUAGAAAAUUCAAAAAGGAACAUACGGAGGUUCCCAAUGGUGUUAUUGAGCCGUUGAGGAGAAUAUCAGUGAGAGACAAAUUAUUAGUUAAGGAAGUGCAGGAGAUGAACGAGAACCUUCCCGCGACGUGUUCAAUUCAUUUUGAAGACCCUAAUUUAUUGAGCGAAUUUAUUCUGACCGUCAGCCCUGAUGAGGGCUAUUGGGCUGGAGGAAAAUUUAAAUUUAGUAUUUAUGUGACUGAAGAUUAUAAUAUGGCGCCACCAAAAGUAAAAUGUUUGACUCGUCUCUGGCAUCCUAACAUUAAUGAAGAUGGAGAAAUAUGUCUUUCGCUCCUACGACAAACAUCAAUAGAUGAACAUGGGUGGGCACCGACCAGGAGGCUCAAGGAUGUAGUGUGGGGACUAAACUCUUUAUUCACUGAUCUCCUAAACUUCGAGGACCCUCUGAACAUUCAAGCAGCCGAGAUGUAUAAGAAAAAUAAAAGUGAAUUUCAAUCUAAAGUACAGGAGUAUAUUUCCGUGUCGAAGGGGAAGAGAUGA